UCUGGCCAAUGGUCACGAAAAGUCAGUGACGGAAGAGGGGCCAGUUUUGCCUUUCUUCAGACGACGCGAUGGCCGAGGAAGAAGCCGACUGCUGCCCCCUCUGCAUGGAGGAGCUCGACCUGACAGACAAGACCUUCAACGCAUGUGCAUGCGGGUACCAGGUGUGCCUGUGGUGCUGGCAUCAAUUAAAAACGAGUACAAUGGCCUGUGCCCGGCGUGCCGAGCGCCGUACACGGAGCUCUCGAAGAAGAACACGACCAUUGACCGAGAAGAUGUGGCGCGGCGAACCAAGCAGCGGAAACAGAAGGAAAAGAUCGAGAAGAAGGCGACGGUCGUGCCCAAAGUGCAGCCCGUGAACCGGAGAAACCUCACCAACGUGCGCGUCAUGCAGCGCAACCUCGUCUACGUCAUUGGGCUACCCGUGCAUUACGCCGACGACGACAUGCUGCGAUCGCAAGAGUGUUUUGGCCAGUAUGGACGCAUCGUCAAGGCGGUCGUCAACAAGUCGCAUCUGAGCACGGACCGCAACAACGCGACGGCGAGCGCCUACAUAACGUUUGCCAACAAGGCCGACGCGCAGAACUGCAUUGAUCUCAUUGACGGGUACAUUCUGGACGGCAGCCUCCUCCGGGCAUCGUUUGGCACGACCAAGUACUGCAACUUUUUUCUGCGCAACCUCGUCUGCAACAACCCCGAGUGCUUGUACUUGCACGAACUUGGCGAGACGGACGACAGUUUUACGAAGGAAGAGAUGGCAACGGACUUUGUCGCGGGCAAGGGAUGCUUUCGAGACCUCACUGGCUACGACGAUCGGCGGGGCACGGCGUUUCCAACGCUGUCCAUGCUGCAGCCCGGCGGUGCACUCGACAAGGUGGCGCCCACGGACGCACAGCGCAAGGCCCAGAGCGCCGCUGCCAUCUAUAAGUUAAGAUCACAGACGCCCGACGAACGCAAGUCUCCGACCCGGGCCCCAUCGUCGUCCUCGUCCUCGAUGUCGCCCAAGGACGAACAAGCUGCCACGAAGCACCGAGCGCCCCCCAGCACAUCGGACGCGCCGCCCAGCGCGUCCCCGCUCUCUGCUUCGUCGGCGUCGUCGUCGUCGAGCACGUCACCGGCCAAGGACGCCUCGAAGCCGUCUCUGUAUGUCAACACACAUCCGCAGCAGAGCUCGCCGCCGAAGAGCAUGCAGCCUGACGCGACGCCGCUGUGGAGCCAGCCGUUCCCGCGCAUGCAGCCGCCGCCGGAGCUCCCGUCGCGGCCGAUCCAGCACGUCUUUAGCCCCUUUGGCAUGGGCUUUGAUGGCGGUAUUCACCGCAACACGGUGCAGCCGCCGCCCGAGCCCGCACCGGCGCCGACCUCAAAUAACGUGUCGGCUUGGACGUUUGACGCGCCGCGCCCGGACGCCCCGUUUGAGUUUUCGGCUGUCGACGCGGCCUUCACGCCGCGCAACGAGUCGUCGGAAGCGCUCGCGGGGCUCUUGGGCGUCAAGCUGAGCGCCAAGCCGCUCGUGCCGCAGGGCAUUGGGUCGGGCCCGAACGGCCGCGCGUCGCGCUUUUCAUUUGCCAACAAGGACGGCCCUGGAGAGUACAGCCCGUUUGGUUUCGACGCGCCGCCGCCGCCGCCAACUGCGUUUGGGUUUGCGCACCACCAGCCGCCGCCGCCGGCCGCCGAGUAUCUGCACAUGGCGCCAGCUGCUGACGCGUCGGGGCUCGCGUUCCUGCAGCAGAUGCUGCCGAACGUCAACAUUAGCUACGGCUCGGACCCGCACCGGUUUGCCGAGCCCAGCAUGGGCGGUGGCACGGCGUGGAACCAAGAUUUGCGGCCGCAAGAGUCGACGCCGUUUUGGUCGUCCCAGGGCGCGUUCGAGUCGGCGAGUGGGUUUGCCGCCGGCUUUCAGGACCCGGCGAUUGUCAACCAAGGCGCUGGCCCCGGCUUUUACCACCACCGCGACGAGCAGAGCAAGAUGCAGUUUGCCUACCGGGGGUAGACGAACAAUACACAUGUACACACAACACAAUCACAUCACAUCACAUCCACUGCGGCGGCGACGGCGUGGUACGUAGCGGGACAUUUCUUAACCGAAUUAUCGAAAUGCAAUCCUGUGAA